AUGGCGAACACUCACCAUCGCAGAUUGGCAGUCACCGUCAUCUCCGGCGAAGAUCUCCGCAUCAACGACAAGCCCAUCAAGAACAACGCCUUCGUCACCGUCAAGGCUGACUCUCACAGCUCGACAUCGUUGUACGACUCGACGAAACCCGACGCCCGGGGGGAGAGCUACCCUUACUGGGACGAGAAGCUCCCCGUGGACUUGCCUGCGGGCUCCCGCUAUCUCGUCGUCGAGGUCCACCGGAGGAGCUCCUUGGCCGGGGACGUGCUUGUUGGGACGGCAUGGAUCCCGGUGUCAGACUUCGUCGGAGGCUACGCCCCAGAGAAUUACCAGCAUUUCUUGAGUUACAGGCUGAGAGACGCCAAAGGCCAGCGCAACGGGAUCAUCAAUAUCUCAGUGAGGAUGGUCACGUCCUCGUAUAAAGGGACUUCGUCGUCUUCAUCAUCGUCAGUGCCAGAGUUCGGGAUUCCGAUGGACCGGGAGAAGAACAGCAGGACGGUGACCGGCGUGCCGAUUUGGUAUCCCAACCAAUGUAAAUCUUGA